AUGCCUCCCGCCAACCAGAACUCAAAGACCAGAGGUGAACGCUGUAAUGGCGCAGAGAGAAAGACUCUCAACCUCGUCCAAAUCUUAGAGUUCAAUGAUGGAGAGUUAGUGUUUCGUCGUUAUUAUAGUUCUAAAAGACGUGAUUUUAAUCAAUCUGCCUCUUCUGCUCCUAAUUUUGAUUAUUACGUUUGGUAUCGUUUACAAAGUGAUAUCGACUCUAUUAUAUGUAAACAACUCUAUUCUGGAUCUUUCUAUGUUUCAAUCAAUUUCAAGGAACCCUACCCUCUAGCAAUAGAUUGUGACGUUCUAACCCUUGGCUUCAUUCAAUUGUUAGAGCAGUAUGUGUACCCUCUUGAUGCCGACUAUGUGAAGUUUACUAUUGGAUAUGAGAUGCAAUUACCUUUAUCCUAUGAUGUUUCUUUUAGUUUAGGUAAAGCUAUUCCUUUGUAUGAUAAUACCUCUUUUAUUACCAAAAGAAGUGUCUAUGAGAAGGUUUCUCAAUUAGUGAGAGAUUACGCUGAGCGCUAUCAGAGUGCAGUGAUUAAGCGUGUGUUCAUUCGUGUGUAUUACAAACACAAAGAAACCCUUCCUGAAUUCGUGCUUCCUGGUAAGAAAAGCUCUCUGGAUAUGAUUACUGAUAUUAUGAAUGUUAUGUCUCAUGGCAUAGGAAGUGAUGAGCUUCCCGAAGUCCAAUCUUUUCUUCGUAAAAAGAGUCGCGUUCCCAAAGUUAUUACCUCUCUCAAACGUAAAAGAGUCAAAUGUAACCCUCGACCAUUCAUUGUAGCCGAUAUCGAGACAGUACUAGUUAAUAAUGUUCAUACCCCUUAUGCUGUAGGUUACUUGGAGGUUUAUCCUUCUAUGGAUCUUUCUUCUAUCGUGCCCUCUUCUGUGAAUAUCUUUUAUAGUGAGGAUCACAUCUAUGCCUUUGAUAAUAUAGAGGUACGUAGUAUGAAAAUUAUAUAUUAUUUUAUAUCUGAUUUAGAAUUGGCUGUGAAGAGAAAACCACGUCUUCGUACUGUAUACUUCCACAAUCUUUCUCAAUUCGAUGGGAUUUUCUUGCUUAAGCACCUCGUAUGUCAUCACAAGGGAUACACGUUAACCCCCCUUAUGAGGAAUCAUAAACUUUACGAGUUGAAAGUGUUUAAGGGCAAAAAGAUGAUCUUCCGUUUCCGCGAUUCGUUAACAUUGCUCCCAGGCUCUUUAAAUGCAUUGGCUAAGACAUUUUUCCCUUCAUUAGGUACCAAAGGAUCUAUAGCCCAUGAUGAUGUGAAAGUUUCAAAUCUUCAGGAUCUUCGUGAGGAAUAUAUUACAUAUCUUCGACAAGAUGUCGUACUCUUAGGGGGUGUUAUGUUGAAGGCUCAAGAAAUGUGUCUUUCUAAGUAUAAUAUUGAUAUCGAAAAUAUCAUGACAUUGUCAUCGCUUUCGCUUCUAAUCUAUCGUUCUAACUAUUUAGAUGAGAAAAAAUAUCCUAUCUAUCUUCUUAAUCGAAAUCAAGAUGCCUUUAUAAGGCGUGGCUACUAUGGAGGUCAUUCAGAUGUUUAUAAGCCUUAUGGUGAGAAUUUAUUCUUCUAUGACAUAAAUUCCCUCUAUCCUUAUGUUAUGAAAAAAUAUCCUAUGCCUUGUGGGGAACCUGUAUGGAGGAAGAACUUGGAGAAGGUUGAAUUGGAUACCUUGUAUGGAUUUAUUGAGGCUUAUGUUGUCUGUCCUAAAGAUAUAAACCGUCCUUUCUUGCCUUAUAGGGAACCAGAGAUUAAUACAUUAAUCUUUCCCACAGGUCAUUUCAUAGCUGUUUAUUAUAGCGAAGAGUUGAAGUAUGCCCGUGAGUUAAGUUACAAAAUAGUACCUCUCAGGGGCUAUAUGUUUGAGAAGACAAGCAGUCCUUUCGAAGGCUUUAUCACCAACCUCUAUGAGAGCAGAAAAGAAGCCAAGAAAGCGGGUUCUGAAGCAAUGUCUUAUAUCUAUAAGAACUGUAUGAAUUCGCUCUACGGAAGAUUCGGCAUGAAUCCUGAGAGUACAGUAACUGAAGUCUGCAAUGAAGAACGAUAUCAAGAAUUGUUGAGUCAGGAUAAUUUUCAAUCAGGAGAAAAGCUUACCGAUUCUCACUAUAUAGUUAAUUACAUUAGCAAUAGUAGCUGUGUUAGCGACGAAGAAUGGGUCCCUCCAAGGAACUUGGCUGUUCAAAUGUCAGCAGCUAUAACUGCUUGUGCUCGUAUUGAAAUGUACCCUUUCAUUUCCAAACCUGACUGUUACUAUACAGAUACAGACUCAGUUGUUCUUAGCAGUCCUCUUCCUGAGGAUUUAAUCUCUUCCAGUGAAUUGGGUAAGUUCAAACUAGAAAACAAAGUUAAAAAAGGCAUCUUCUUAGCACCUAAGAGUUCUUUGUUAGAGAUUGAAGAUGUUACUAAAUCUUUAAUAUUGAGUUUUAAAUAUCGCAUCAAAAUACCGAGACUUUUAACGUUAUCUGCCCCGUAAAUUUCUCUGUCUUUCACGCUUCUUCCCCGAACUCAUUCUUUCUUUUGUCUGCGUUUCAGCUUGAAUUCAGGAUGAAGAUCUUACAGCAACUGGAGACCGGCUUUCGCGGGGGCCGCAGCCCCACUCAAGGCGAAGC